AUGAAAUUGAGUCGAGAUUUUGUUAUGGCAAGACUGGAUAAACGUAUUCUUCGUGGAGGAGCAACAACAACGACUCCUUCCAAUGUCAAUACCUCCUCGUCCACUACCACAACCACUAUUUCAAAUGAUAUAUUUUUCCCUGAUUGUAACGAAAAUUCUGCUCCAGACGAUUCUAUUUUGGAUUCUGAUUUGGCAGAAAAAUUUUUUGUUUAUUCGACUAAACGCCAUUUUAUUUAUUAUUAUUCUUUGGCAUAUGGACGUUUUGUUUCUGAUUUUAGACAUUCUGUGGCUAUAUGUUCCUUGUUUUGUGAACCUGAUGGAAUUAGAUGUCUUUUUCUAGAUGAACUACACGAUAUUUACAUUUACUCUCCAUCCGACGGCAGAUUGUGCAAAAUACUGCUUCAAGGACCCUUUGAAGGAGGACACCAACACAUUGGCUGCCUUUGGGAGACCUUUACGGUCGACAAAGACACCUUUCUAGUCCAUGGAAAACAUCACAUUUAUGUUUUUAUGUUGGCCAAGGAUGUCCAUCAAGGCGAUUAUUUAUGA